AUGAGGUGGUUGCUGGCUACAAUCGGCCUCAUACAUCUGGCAUGGGGCCAAAAAAUUGUCAGCAAGGGAAGAACGAUCACGGUGAAUGAAGGUGCACAAUUAGAGCUUCCAUGCUACGUUCAAGACCUAGGAUCCGAGUCAAUAAUUUGGCGAAGAAAGGAGAACGCCUUGUUUAUCGAUGAGGAGAACCUGGCUGAGGAUGAGCGUAUGCAGGUCAUCAAAGACGGAUCGAAUUCCACAUUGACAAUUCUGGAUGUGGAACCUAUGGAUAUGACCGAUUAUGUAUGUGCUGUAUCCGAUCCGGAACAGGAAAUUGUUUACAAAAUUAUCGUACAUUCUCCACCAACUGUUGUGAUAUCGCCGGAUGAGCCGGAGUACUUGCUCUCUGUGGGUGAUGAACAGGUUAUUGUCAGAUGUUUAGCGAAGGGUAAUCCAACACCAACAAUAAAAUGGACAAAAAAAGACGGCAAGAUGCCUUCGGAUAUCACUGUUCGUGGACCUCAACUGGUCAUUUCGAAAGUGAAAAAAGAACAUUCUGGAGAAUAUGAAUGUAUUGCAAAUAAUGCCGCUGGAAGUGAUUCGGCUAUGUUGAAAAUUCAAGUAAAUGAACGUGAAGAUGCGGCAAAACACGAAGCGCCUUGGGUAAAAACUGAAUUCUCCUUCGUUCCUGUGAAAAAGAAUGCUGACGUGAAUAUUUCGUGUUCUUACGAUGGCACACCUUCUCCUCAAGCUGAAUGGUUCUUUAACGGGUAUAAAAUUAAUUUCUCUGAAGAAAGAUUCCGUAACACAGCACAAUACGCUCAACGCCGUGCCAACCACACAAAUGCUAUUCUCGCAGUAGUAGGAAUAAAUGAAGAUUCCUUUGGUGACUACAUGUGUCGAAUAUCAAACAAUUUGGGUACCGCAUUCGCUGUGAUUCACGUCAGCGGUCGUCCUGGACCACCUACAGUCACUGCUGAUGGUUCCGACAUUUCGUGGUCCGUACGAGCGUAUGAACCUGUAAUUGAGUAUCGAAUUUAUUACAGGCCUGAAAAAGCUGACGAAUGGAACAAAUACGAGAGUAUUCGUGCCAGUAAAGGUGAUAACGAUGGUGAUGAUAUUUGGGAACACAGCGUAUCGUUACUACCAUAUCUUGAAGCUGGUGUACGAUAUGAGGUGACGGUAAAAGCACGAAAUGCGCUUGGAUGGGGUUCAUUUGCACGAGAAAACUUGCUAAUUGAAAUUCCUGCUGACAGACAAGAGAAGACGUCAUCUGCCCGGAUCUGUUCAUCACUUCUAGUUCUAUUGAUGACAUUGGUACUAAGGCAGUAA